AGCGCCAGGAUGGUAUACAAAGGUGGCCAGAAAGGGAAAUAGGUUUGUGGUUGGAGCCCAGAAGGAAAAUGGAGUUUACCAGGAAGAGACAGCAAAGAGAGGUGAGCACCAGGCGGGAGGCUUAGGGAUGGGAAUGUACGAGGGAUGAAUACCACAGAGCCAUGGGGAGGGGACAUGGAGACUGCAUGUACAGAAAUGGAAAAAUGACGUGGGAGCUGAAGAAUGGAGAAUGUUGGGAGAGGUGACAGGAUGGCGACAGAGGGUCAGGGAAUAUGCAAAGUAGCCCACUUCCUUCUGCUGUGCUCUCAACUACCACGGCCACCACACCUACCUGUUCUCUAGCUCUCUUGUGCAGCUAAACAAGCCUGGAAGGAAGGCAUUGCAGGCAGGCAUCCAAGAGUGUCUUGAUAUCUAACAUUGCUACUGGACACACAUGAAUAACAUGGGUGGCAAUGUACCUGGUGCACAGGGACUUCAUGAUACAAGAAAAAACUCAUACAUUUAAUGUUUUUCCCUGACCUCUCUCCUUCCCCUCCAAGUAUGAAGACCCUCCUUCACCAAAAGGCAGCUGCAAAGCUGCCAACCAGGGAAGCCAUAGGUCACCACACUGGAACUACAAACAUGAGGAAGAAAAAGACAUCUCCAAAGAAGCCAAGAGGAAGGUCAUCCUCUCAGUCCUGCAGACACAUGGUGGGCUGCAGAAUUUCACAUGGAUAGAAGGAGGGAGAUGAGCCCAUCACCCAGUGGAAAGGAACCGUUCUGGAUCAGCUACUCGAUGAUUAUAAGGCAGGUGACCUCUGCAUCAUGCCAGAAUCAAGUGUGUCUCGUCCAGUGAAGAGGGAGCCAGAAGGAUUUAUAGAUAGCCUGAUAGAUAAACAUGUGGAAUAUACCAAAGAAGAUGGCUCCAAAAGGACAGGCAAGGUCAUCCACCAAGUUAAAGCCAAACCUGUGUAUUUCAUCAAGUUUGAUGAUGACUUCCAUAUCUAUGUCUACGAUUUGGUGAAAACAUCUUGUUAGGGUAAAAUUUGCUACAUUUGUGGAGACAAAUGUGUAAUACGCAGGCACACAAAAAAAGUACAACUUUUCAGGGUGUUGAAAGCUCAAGGGUCCCGAUAUCACAAUCUUUGCCUGCAUAACUGUUGUUUUAUGCUGAAAAAUGCUAAUUUAUAUGACAUGUAUAAGCACUUUGUCUUGUUGAAAAGAUUGGGUGUGUUUGGUGGAUGGGGCAUGAAAGGAAGGAACAGCUGUCAAUUCCGAUUGUGAACAAAGUUCAGCUAGAAUCACAAUCAGCCAUCUAAAAUUGCAAGAGACUUAGCUGGUCUGGUGCGGAGGGGAGAAGGAAAUUAAGUCAAGAUUGGCUGUGGGGAGAAGGAGAGGAUGAGGUGACUUCUUAGGAAGAGGUGGUGAAGGGCCAAAAGUUAGAGGUUACCUGAGGGAGGAGAUGACCUAUGUGGAAGAAACAUCCAACUGGGAAGGGAGUGAAGAAUAACAGCGGAAGAGUGAAAUCUUGGGGCUUAGACGAAAAUAGACAGAAUAAAUGGAAUAGAGUAGCAAGCUCUCUACUCAAAGAAGCUUGGAAGAGGUCCAGAGUAAGGGGUGAAAGAUGAAGUUGAAAGGACUGUGGGGAGAGACUAAAGGAUACACAAAUGGAGGGUCUAUGAGAGGCAGGAGUCAGGGUGGUAUAAGGGGAAGAAUACUAAGGAAGAAGGGAUUCAAAGAAAAAAGACUGACAAAGGGAGUGAGAAUACAGAAGAAGAGGUGUGGACAGUGGGGCCCAUUGGAGGUGAGAAGACCCAGAGAAAAGUUGGACUUCUGGCAGUAUGCACAUCGUUCCCUUAGUUCUAUGCACAAAGGAAGUGACAACUGUCAAGGAAGCCAUUUGCAUGAGAAGUUCCCUGGAAAGACAUUUGGACAAGGAUGACUCCAUAGAGUUAGGCAGCAACCAAGUUUACACCUAUAAGGCUUUCCUUCUUCCCUGGAGUUCCUGACGCACCUGCCUAGCAGAACCCCAACCCGCAGCCUAAACACACUAACACGGUUC